GUCCAAAAACGCUGGCAGCCUUUAAGACCCCUUGGGUUCUCUACUUUAAAACUCCCCAAUUUCAUCUCUCCAAAUUCCCAAUUUGCAACCUUUUUAUUUUUAUUUUUAAUCUAUCUACGUCCCUCUUUGCCUUUUCAUCAAACAGGUGAGGGACGCAAACUCUCUCGUGUUCCUCUUUCCCCCCAUUCUUUUCUUGAUUUUUAUCCAAACAACUAACUAACUAAUCACCCUCAUUUACAAACCCUAGACUUAAUCCUCAUGGAAUUGGCUGUUGUUUCUGAUAUGUGAAUUGAUUCGAUCUGCUGCUUCGAAUUUUGAUUGUUGGCGGAGUCUACAAUGGAGAAUCAAUUACAACUGGCUUUGUCAACCAGUCCUACUACGACGUCGUUUAUGAGCUUGUUUGACUCGCAAAAGGAACUGUUUUUUAAACAGAUUGAUCAGCUUGAAAACAUCGUUUUGCAUCAAUGCAAUCUCACUGGCGUCAAUCCUCUUUCUCAAGAGAUGGCUGCCGGAGCUCUUUCAAUUAAAAUUGGCAAAAGGCCACGGGAUCUCCUAAACCCCAAGGCGAUAAAGUAUAUGCAGUCUGUUUUCUCUGUCAAAGACGCAAUCAACAAGAAAGAAACCCGCGAAAUUUGUGCUCGUUUUGGUGUCACAGUCACACAGGUUCGGGACUUCUUUACAGCUCAGCGUACAAGAGUCAGAAAGUUCCUGAGGUUGUCUAGAGAGAAGGCUAGCAUAUCCAAUGCACCUAUUGAAGGGCCCUGUGCGAUCCCAUUGAGUUCUGAUCCUAGUUCACAAACAGAGCCAGUUCCCUUAGACAGUGUGGCUCCAACCUGUACAGAGGAUGGGCCAUCUUGUUCUACACAGGAUGAGGUCCUAACUGGCAUAGAGGAGACGGAUAAGCGUUUUGUUGAUAAUAUCUUUACUUUAAUGAGAAAGGAAGAAACCUUCUCUGGCCAGAUUAAGUUGAUGGACUGGAUCUUGGAAGUACAAAAUCCCUCUGUACUAUUUUGGUUUUUAACUAAAGGGGGUGUAAUGAUUCUGGCUACAUGGUUGAGUCAAGCAGCUGUCGAAGAGCAAACCAGUCUUCUUCAUAUCAUCUUGAAGGUACUAUGCCAUCUUCCUCUACACAAAGCGUUUCCUGUACACAUGUCUGCUAUACUGCAGAGUGUUAACAGACUGCGAUUUUAUCGGACUCCAGACGUCUCAAACAGGGCAAGAAUUUUGCUUGCAAGAUGGAGCAAAAUGUUUGCAAAGAGCCAGGCUAUGAAGAAACGUAAUGGGAUUAAAUCGACUAGUGAUGUGCAGGAUGAGUUGCUUUUGCAACAGAGCAUUAGUGAAGUUGUGGGCGAUGAAAUAUGGAACUCGAAAGUUGAGAACAUUGAAGAAGCUCAUGCGAACCUCUGUGGGACUUCAGAGAAUUCGAGGAAGUUGGAUUCUCCACAGCCAGUUAAAUUGCUUACGGCAUCUUCAGAUGAUUCUAACAGGAGGCUUAAUACAGGACCUUUGGCGUCUAAAAAUCGAGAGCGCAGAAAAGUUCAGCUAAUGGAACAACCAAGCCAAAGAACAACAGGAAGGAGCCUAGGACGACCAGCACCUGCAACUCAAGGCCGCCCACUUUCAGCAGAUGAUAUCCAGAAAGCAAAACUACGUGCUCAGUUUAUGAAGAGUAAGUAUGGGAAAGCUAAUAAUGAUGACAAUUCUCGGGUGAAGCCUCAAGCUCCAAAUGGAAUUACCUCUCCGCAAGAGGGUAGCUUGCAUGGAGCUCCAAAAUUGCAAGAUCGGCCUAAAGUUGAUGAUAUCUUGCAUGGAGCUCCAAAAUUGCAAGAUCGGCCUAAAGUUGAUGACAUCUUGCAUGGAGCUUCUAAGUUGCAAGAUCGGCCUAAAGUUGAUGAUAUCUUGCAUGGAGCUCUAAAAUUGCAAGAUCGGCCUAAAGUUGAUAAUAUCUUGCAUGGAGCUCCAAAAUUGCAAGAUCGGCCUAAAGCUGAUGAAUUUGAAAAGCCCAAUAGUGUUGCCUCUAAAAGGUCCAAUCAGCUGGAAAGUAAUCCCAAGUUGAGUUUUGACGUAGAAGAACCUCCAUGGAAAAGGUGCAAGAGAAUGCAGAUCGCUUGGCGGAAACCACCAGAGGUGCAGCUCAGCGAUACAUGGAAGGUUUGUGCUGGGAGUGAGAGUAAAGAAGUUGAUAUUCAGAAUAACAGAAUCCGUCGAGAGAGGGAAACCAUUUACAGGAUAUUCCAGGAUAUUCCAUUGAACCCCAAGGAACCUUGGGACCGUGAAAUGGACCCUGAUGACACAUUAACCCCAGAAAUCCCUAUCCAGCAAUUACCAGACGCUGAAGGUGCUGAAACAGUUAAAGAAACUGAAGCUGCACUAGCCAGUACGUCAAAUGGCAUUGCAAUUACAGCAGAACCAGAUGUAGAGUUGCUUGCUGUAUUGCUAAAGAAUCCAGAGUUGGUUUAUGCUUUAACUUCUGGCCAAGCUGGAAACUUGUCCAGUGAGCAAACUGUACAGCUGCUUGAUAUUAUCAAAGCAGAUGGGAUGAUUAAACUGAGCAGUCAAACAGAUUUAGGCAGAAAUGCUGAGAAGAAAGUUGAAGUUUCUCUUCCAUCCCCCACUCCUUCCAGUGAUCCUGGAACGAGCGGAUCGGUACAGAACUUUGCAAAGAACCCUUUCUCUCAGAGAAGUGUAAUGGCGGUUCGAGAAGCAAAUGGUGGACCCCAAUUUGCCACGGUCCGUUCACAGGAAUCCACCACGAUGUUGGCACCACAGCAGAUGCCCGUCACGCCACAGUUGGCCCAACAGUUAGCACUGCUUCAAGCAGCUGCAGGGACUUUAGGAAAAGAUCAUCGACCAUCUCCACUAAAUCCUAGUAUAAACCAGACAGUCCCUGCAAAUCCUAUGCAUUCACAAUUAUCUGCCUCGGAACCAGCAAUAAAUAGAAAUAAUUACUCUCCCUUUGGAACGACGGAAUACAAUCUACACAGUGCCACUGCAGCAGCAGCAGCCGCCACAAGAAUCCAAGGUGAAACUUAUGGUAAUAUUAGAUCUUCGCCAAUGCCUAUAGCUAAUGUACAACAACAAAGAACUAUAAGUCUACAUUCGCCGCAAAUGGCAGUAUCACAUACACAACCAAGGCCACAACUACAAACACAGUCACAACCUGGCUUCGCAGCUGAACAUAUGUGGGGGACUAUGCCGGGAUCUUCUUUAAAUCGGGGUUAUCAAGAAAAUUCCAUUCCUAACCAUUAUAAUGCACGUGUUGCCGGGCAUGUAGAACCUGGAUUACAACAGGCUGCAUGGAGAGGAAACAACUAUGUGGAGGAAGCGGGAUUUGAAUCUUGGAGUCCUGAUAAUAGUCCUGUUAGGCGUCAGGAACACGUAGCAAGAUGGAAUUAUCAAGAACCUCGGAUGAAUAUGAGAGACAACUACAGACCUCCUAAUCCUGGUUAUUAUUCUGGUUAUCGUGGUCCUGACGAUGGUGGGAAUAGAAGGUGGGGUGACAGUAGAAGAUAACCUUCAAACGGAUGGCCGUUUAAUUCUUUUGACAAGAAAUUCGUUAGUGUUUACAUUAGAGUAGGACGUUCUUAGAGGGGAUUUGCAACGUGAGAUGGUUGUAAACUUGUAAUGUCAGCGUGUUACAUCACUUCAUUCUCUUUCUCAGUUGAUACCUGUCAACAGCAAAGUAGAGAAUAGGAAUUCAGUUCACUUGCAAUCACAUCCUAGUAGGUUCAGUAGAAGUGAAGAUUUUUUUGUAAUUGAGUGACUUUAUUCAUGCAAAGGACUUUGAAAAGACAAGAAAUAUUAUGUCCUGGUCAAGGGUUAACUUUGUCUUGAUUCA